UGCAGGCGAUUUUUAUCUUUUCAAACUACAUCAAAUACACAAGAAUGCUUUUUAUUAAAUGAAUGUACUUUAGCGUCGCCCUAUGUUGCUUAUUGUCAUGCUUAGUUCAGUAAAUCAUCCUGUAACAUUUGCUAUGAACAUCUGAUUCCUUAAACCUGAUGUGCUGUUGGAAACAAAGUUGUUAGUAAGAUUAAAUCACCAAACAAUUUCUACAAGCACAGUUUGUCUUGAUAGUGGAACUGGUUGAAAGAUUACUAAACAUUUUUUAAAAAUCUUACCAUAGAUUGAGAAACUCAUUCUGAAGUAUUUUAAUAAUACAUGCCUACAUACAUUUUAUUUUGAACUGAAAAUAUAAUGUUAAAUCUUGGGCAACUCAUGUAAUAAAAUAUUAAAAUAAUAUAUUUUUCAGUCAGAUUUGGGAGCAAUAUAAUAAGCUUGUUAACCAGUUUGAAACCAUCCCAGUCCAUGUAUUGGAAGAAGCCUGGGCUGUGGGACUUUUACAUUCCUAGAUCUUAGUUUUAUGUCCCAAUUUUUUAAAAUAGCCACAGGUCAUAAGAAUGGAAUCAUUGGUUACUCUUGUGCGCCAGCACAUUUCAACUGGACGAUUCCAGUUUGGCCACCUGGAUGUGGUCAGUUCAUCAUAGGACUAGUUCAUUCAUUCUCCAUCAUGCUACUGGAAUCCACCAUGGGGCAUUAGCAGGACUGCACAUCAUAGAGUUCUAUAGGAGCUUUCAUGUACAAGAACAAACCUCAAAUCCCCUGUCAAAUGUCUUUAAUUGAAAUGUAAAGACCACCAGAGAUUUCCUUCAUUGGUAACUUUUGGAAGUGUCAUAAGAAAGGCAUGUGAAGUCCAUAUUCAGACACCAGAUCAGGAAGGGAUCUUCAAAUUUCCAAAUGAAACUGGAGGAAACCAUCAAAAGAGCGUGAUAAGAUCGAUCAACCCUCUGAGUUCACAACUAACUGUAGUUUCUAUCGAGUGACUUUGGGAAGCUAGCAAGAGGAGCAGUGUAAUAACUGAAGCACCAAAGCAGUUUCAGAGUAGCUUUGUGUGUACUGUAGCCAAGGAAGGUUUGGUGGUCACUCUGGUUUUGAGAACCCCGGUCAUCCCACCGCGCUAGGCCAUGGGGAGCUCUGCUUCUUCUCUGGCUGCUGAGACAGAAUCGGAUCAUGGAUUCCGCAGCACCGCUUACCCUGCAGCGCCAUCAGUGGGCUGGCUCAGAAACAGUCACAGUAGUCCGGUUUGGGGCAGCACCUUUAUAUCCAGACAGCAGCAACAGCCUCUACCACAUAGAGAGAGAAGUCACUCUCACUCUCCUGGUUCCAUGGCUGCAGCGGUGGAGAGCAUUGAGUGGUCCUGUGGCCGGUGCACCUUCCUGAACGCUGGUGGAGCCCCCCGCUGCUCCAUCUGUGAGGCACCCCGUCAGAAACCCGACCUCAACCAGAUCCUGCGUCUCAGCAGCACGGAGGAGCAGCGCUGGGCCUGCCCCCGUUGCACCCUCAACAUCCCCCAUGGGUCCGGCACCUGCACUGUCUGUAGCUUCGGACCUGGAGCCAGUCCGGGCCCCUCCCCAGGCACUCCCAAUGGGAUUCUCCCCCCACAAAACACGCCUACCUCCUCCACUUCUUCCAACUCCACCACUGUCCUAUUGGAGCCCCGAGGGCAGGUACCUCCCAAAGAGGAGCUCCGGAAAUCGGUGAGCAACGAAGAGGCAACUCCUGGAGACCUGCUGCUUCUCUCGGGCUGGGCUUGCCCACGCUGCACCCUGCACAACACGCCUGUCGCCCUCUCCUGCUCUGCCUGUGGCGGGCCUCGCAAGCUCUCCCUCCCCAAAAUCCCUCCUGAGGCUCUGGUAGUGCCGGAAGUUUUGACGCCUAUGGCCGGAUUCCCCACGGCUACCAACAGUGGAGGCCCACUCCUUAUCGACCUGACCGAUAUCGAUUCCCCUCCUGCGACAGUGCCUCCGGAUCCCCCUGAAACUCCACUCUCUGGUUCCUCUACUUCAUCGACCUUCACCCCCCUCUCCUCCCUCCUGCAGAACAACCCGGUCCCUCGAAGCCGCAGAGAGGUGCCUCCUCAAGCUCCACAUCCGGGACGGUCCCCUAAUCCAGCCCCCAGCCCCACCCCUUCCACAACUGCCUCGACCACCUCCCAGCGGCCUCCCAAACCUCCACCCACCAGCUCUAAGCCCGCUCAGCCCCAGCAGCCUCCCCCCCAGCAAGGGGAAGCCUUCCCGGGCAAGCGGCUGAGCGUCUUCGAUGAGGAGGACAUGCAGGUGUGUCCUUCCCUGAUUCCUCCCCCCUCUUCUGGCUCCUCUGCCUCCCUCUCCUCCCUCUCAUCUUCCUCCACCUGGAAGUGCAGCUCCUGCUCCUUCAAUAACUCCUCCAACGGCUCCAAGUGCGAAGCCUGCCGUUCCUCCCGGGGAGCCAGCGAUUUGAUCGACCUGACGGGGGAGUCUGUGCGAUUCACCCCCGCCAGCCCAUCGAGCCUGGACUUCAGCACCUGGUCCUGCCCCAAGUGUACCCUUCACAACUCCACAGAGGCCCCCAAGUGCAGCGCCUGCGGGUCAUCCAAACUGCAUGGCUUCCAGGACUACCAGCAGCGUUGCCCCCAAUGUGGCUCAACGGGCCCCAUCUGCAGCUCCUGCCCUGGGACCAGCCAUGGCAAAGCAGGGCCCCGCAAACCUGCUCGGCUCUUCCCCUCCUCCUCGUCCUCGACCUCCCUGAAUGCCCAGGAGAAGGCUGAUCAGUGGGCCUGCCCAGCCUGCACCCUCCUCAACGACUUGAAAUCCAAGCACUGCGCCGCCUGCCACACUGCUCAGCAGUACUUCACCCUGCGUAAGGGUGCCAAGCCCCUGAAGAGACGGGAGAGCAUGCACGUGGAGGCGAGACGGCAGAACGACGAGGGAGAGGCCAAGGAGCUCUUGGAGAACAUUGUUGGAUUCUGCAGGGAGAAUGCUGUGAACUUCGUUGAUGACAGUUUCCCCCCUGGCCCGCGCUCAGUGGGGUUUCCCGAGGGAGACAGUGUGCAGCAGCGCGUCAAGAAGUGGCUCCGCCCCCAUGAGAUCAACUGCAGUAACCUCAAGGGCCGUGGGUUCAAGUGGUCAGUGUUCUGCACGCCCCGCCCCUCUGACAUCAUGCAGGGGCUUCUGGGAAACUGCUGGUUCCUCAGUGCGCUGGCUGUGCUGGCAGAGAGACCCGAGCUGGUGGAGAGGGUGAUGAUCACGCGCGUGAUCUGCUCCGAGGGGGCGUACCAGGUGAGGCUGUGCAAGGACGGCACCUGGAUCACUGUACUGGUGGACGACAUGCUGCCCUGCGAUGAGUACGGGUACCUCCUCUUUUCCCAGGCCCAGAGGAAGCAGUUGUGGGUGGCUCUCAUCGAGAAGGCUCUGGCCAAGCUCCACGGCUCCUACUUCGCACUGCAGGCGGGCCGGGCCAUCGAGGGUCUGGCCACUCUGACCGGAGCGCCCUGUGACAGCCUCAUGCUACAGGUCAGCUCCACAAACCCACGAGAGGAGCCCAUCGACACAGAUCUCAUCUGGGCAAAGAUGCUGAGCUCCAAGGAGGCAGGUUUCCUGAUGGGUGCCUCGUGUGGAGGAGGCAAUAUGAAAGUGGAUGACAAUGUGUACGAGAGCCUGGGGCUUCGGCCUCGCCAUGCCUACUCUAUACUGGACGUGAGGGACGUGCAGGGCUACAGGCUCCUGAGGUUGCGGAACCCCUGGGGGCGUUUCUCAUGGAACGGGAGCUGGUCUGACGAGUGGCCUGAUUGGCCGCAGCACCUCCGCCACGAGCUCAUGGCCCACGGGAGCAGUGAGGGAGUCUUCUGGAUGGAGUAUGGAGACUUCAUCAAGUACUUUGACUCAGUGGAUAUCUGUAAGAUCCACUCGGACUGGCAGGAAGUGCGGGUGCAGGGCUCGUUUCCUGCUCGAGCGAGUGGCCCUGUGACGGUGACCUCACUGACUGUGCUGGAACGCACUGAUCUGGAGUUCGCUCUCUUCCAGGAGGGCAGCCGGCGCUCGGACACUGCUGACAGUCACCUCCUGGACCUGUGCAUCAUGGUCUUCCGUGCCUCCUUCAGCAGCGGCAACAAGCUCAGCCUGGGCCGGCUGCUGGCACACAGCAAGCGCGCCGUCAAGAAGUUCGUGGGCUGCGAUGUGAUGCUGGAGCCGGGGGAGUAUGCCGUGGUUUGCUGUGCCUUCAACCACUGGCAAAUGAACAUCCCUGGAGCUGCCGUCACUCCGGUAUCGAGUCCCACCAGCAGUGGGCGCCCCAACCCAGAGUUCCCGGGGUAUAUCCUGGCAAUCUACAGCUCGCGGCAGGUGAUGGUGGAGCAGAGUGAAGCCCCUCCCACCACCCUGGCCGAUGCCAUCAUCCUGCUGACAGAGAACAAGGGGGAGCGGCACGAGGGUCGGGAGGGUAUGACCUGUUACUACCUGACGCACGGCUGGGCGGGUCUGAUCGUGGUGGUGGAGAACAGACACCCCAAAUACUACCUGCAUGUGUCGUGUGACUGCACUGACAGCUUCAACGUGGUCUCCACGCGGGGCAGCCUGAAGACCAUUGACAGCGUCCCGCCACUCAACAGACAGGUACUUGUAAUGCUGUCCCAACUGGAAGGGAAUGCCGGCUUCUCUAUCACGCACAGACUGGCUCACAGGAAAGCAGCACAGGCCUGUCUGGGGGAUUGGACUCCAACCAAGGGCACACACAGCCCCCAGCUCACCUUGGACAUUGCAGGACUGCACAGGCCCCGGCCGCUAUGACAGAGGGACAGGCCUCGCGCGCACAGGGGCAACAAAAACAAGAAAACACACGCUGUGCCAGGAGAGGACAUACUUUUAUAGCAGGAAGCUACAGACGGAAAACAGCAAUUUUUAACCCUGCCAAAUAUUUUUUUUGGUCCCCUUUUUUUCACUGCACAUUUUUCCGUGCUGUUUUCAGAGAGACACAUGAGUUUACUCCAGCCAUUUACAGGAUUUGGAAGUACAGCUGCUUAGAAUUUAAAGGAGAGUUAAAAAGGGAGAGGUAUACUAUAGCUGUCGGUACUGGGGCAACACAAGUCUUUUUUUAUGUGGGAUCCUAUCCUUAUUUGUAAUGAGUCUUUUAAACUAAGGUGGCAUGGUGUAGAGAUUAUAAUGGUAAUUGGCAAUGGGGUCUUCAAAGUUCACAAACCAAACUGGGUUAUAUUUGGUUCAAUACCACAAUGCUUUUUGAACCAGCAAUACAAUACCAGUACCUGUGUGCUAAUUUCGUGUUUUUAAAAACUGAAUUUAAAGAAUGGAAACCUUUAUCUGUUUUUGUUUUUUAUUGUGCUGAUAACUCUUUUAGUUAUUUUUUUACAUACUUAAGUUCUUCAUGUAGUGCGGAAAAGAUGUGAAAGGCUCACGGAGACUGUCGGUGGUUCUGGAUCAGGUGGAGUUUGUUUUGUCUUGUAUACUACACUAGCUGGAGGCUGAGAAUCAUUAUUAUUUGUUAAAGCCACAGAUCUGUUAAAGGAAACGCAAUGUCAGGUACAGGUUACCAGAUAGUAUGGAUUUUCAUUCUUGUUUUGAUCUCUUGAGGGUAGUUUUUAUUAUAAUUAUUAUUGCUUUUAGAACAUUUGUGCACUGGGGCAAAAGCCAUGUAGCACUCAGCCCUAAAUUAUGAAGUAUACACACAUUAAUAUAGAAUUAAAGAGAGUAUUAGCCCAAUGUCUUCUGUGUUAUACAGUAACUAUAACACAAAACACACUAAUACAGGCACAGGGAGUUACAGGAAAGCUAUAACCAUCGGUGUGUAUACUGUAGUAAUAUUGACUGGAGUUGAGGUUUAAAAUGGAAAACCGUUGCCCAAACUAUAAGGUGAAAACUGAAGCCAAUAUCUAUUUUAUUAAACUCUAAUUAAAGAUUAUUUAUCUGGAGAAAUCUGUGAUGCAGUGGCUGGUCAACCAGUUUGCUUAUUGUGUCAUCAGAGGGCACUAUUGAGCUAAUAUAGUUGAGUUUUUGGAAGUGGCAAAAACUUUUUUUUUGCUACCUGACCCCUCAUUAGGCAAUCGGCAAUGCAACUUUCAAACUUCAGUGACAUAUUUUAAUAACCUUAAUAACCCAUUAUCUACAACAAACAGGUGACAUUAUUUACCAUUUGUAUAUCAUUUACCAGUCUGCAUAUUUUUGAGGCACCAGACACAGAAGGCGGCAUUAGUUGAAAUGUGUGACUAACUCCGAAUUUUGGAUUGAUCGCUGAACUUAUGGAUAAUGACUAAUCGCUGGCAUUGGUUGCACGGCACGGCAGCUUCUAGCCACUGUAAAUCUUGAAGUAUUGAAAGUAUGCCUUUCAGGGGGGCAGCAUUCUGGAAGUAAUGUAUUGUAGCACUGAGCUCAAAGCUGUAUACAGCAGGGUUUUAAAAGACGGCUGGGUGAGUCAUGCUUGGUUUGUGACAUUCAGAAACGCAGCCCCGGUUUAGUCCAGUACGCAGGAUCAGUGAGUCACAGUGUACGGAGACGGGCUGAGGGAUUCUUGGUGUGCUGAAUGAAUCUGUCAGGUCACCUGCUCAGUCGAUGCAGGUGUGUAUAAUUGUACUGUACAUUUUUAGUUUGUUUUAGCCGUUUAUUUAAAUGUAGAACUCGUGGAAGGUGAUGGACAAUGGUUUUAAAUGUAAACGCUAGCGUCUUGAGCCAGAUUUGAACCCAGGUCUCCAGAGAGACAACGCCAUCUAGCCCUCUAAUGGAAUGUAUUGUCUUGUGGCACUGUCUGAGCUGCAUAGCACUGUCACAGACUAUCCAGACCUGGACUCUUCUGGAUGAGCAGCACUGUAGAAAGACUCCAUUGUCUAGCAGUUUUACCUUAAGCAUUACAGAACAUACUGUGACCUUUAUGUUGACAGUGACACUGACUGGUACAGGCAGGCACCAUGAGAGCUUCCCCCUCCCAUCUCUGAGAGAGAGAGAGAGAGCGAGAGAGAGAGCGAGCGAGCGAGAGAGCACACCUCUGUCCACACAUUAAUUCCUGGUCUCCUCUCAAGCAGAGACUGACAAUUAUGAGGGUUGCAGUUUGUGAUUCAGAUUACACUGAUGUGCAAGGGGGCUCAACUGAUACUACCAAACCUGCUGACUGGAAUAUUUCUUUCUAAACACAAUUACAUUUGAUAUUUGUAUCCACAUUACUCGAGUGGGUAGUAAAAGUGUGUCUGGCUGUUGGCUCCCUACCCAUGUACCCCUGUACAUUCCUGUCAUCAGUGUUGGUAAUUACUUGAAAUUAGGGUAUGGGGGUAGGCCAGCAGUAGUUCAUCAAAACAGAAAGCUGUUGUUCUACAGUAUUGAUUGAGUUUCUUUAUUGCCUGCUGUCUGUUUGUUGAAAGACUGCUUGAGGCUAUCUGUCUGUCUUUGUGCUGUGUUUGUAGGUGUUCACAUUACAAAGUCAUUAUUGUAAUUCAACUUUUGCAGUCUGUCUCUGUAGAUACGUCAAUUGGCCACAGUGACUGAACUAAUCUAUCUCACCUAACCAGUCUGAAGAUCUCAUCUCUUU